AUGGAAGUAAAUACGGGUAAUGGUAACGCUGAUGGACCUUACUGUGAUGAUGUAUGUACUUCGGUAGGUUUGCUAGCAGGCAGAUACAAAAUACCAUUUAUAACGUAUGGGUGUGAGAGCGACGAGCUCCUAGACCGAGAGCUGUAUCCUACCUUCAUGAGAACGACCGGUACUUUCAAAGACAUGUCAAAUUUUAUCAGACUCAUUGUUCAACAUUUUGGUUGGACCAGAAUUACCUUUGUUAGUGGGAGACAGGAUGUUUGGCUGGAGGCAGUAUCAUCAUUUGAGCAUUCUAUCCACGCAGCUUUGUUAGCUGAUGCUAUCAUAGUUUAUGCUUUUGCUUUAAAUGCUACAAUCGCCAAUAACUCGUCUCCACAUGAUGGUAUAAGUGUGGCUAAUCAUCUGUUUGGUACUACUGUUCCAGAUUUUCAAUUCAAAGCAACUCAUCGGAUCACCUCGCAGUCGACUAUCAUAGUUUAUGCUUUUGCUUUAAAUGCUACAAUCGCCAAUAACUCGUCUCCACAUGAUGGUAUAAGUGUGGCUAAUCAUCUGUUUGGUACUACUGUUCCAGGGAUUUCUGGUGACAUUAAGAUCUUACAAGAUGGUAGUCGGGAUAUGAAUUUUUUACUACAUAAUAUCAAAAACAACACUUACAGUAUGAUAGCAAGGAGUCAGUAA